GCUUGCCAAGGACCUGUGCAGGAGAACGUGCCGGGAUCUUGCAUUUCUCACAAAUGGCUAACGCUGGAGGUGACGCUUUCUGCAACAGAACUUUCCACAAUCACAAGAAACAGAGCGAUGGCUCGCCAAGUGGAAACUGCAGGAAGAGUGGGAUGGUGAAAGAAGCCCAGGAAAAUGGGAAGCCACAUUUUAAUCAUGAGCUAAUGGUUGAAUCCUUUGAGGAAGCACCUCUUCACGUUAUUGUUUUCACAUACUUAAGUUAUGGACUUCUUUCCCUGUUUGGCUAUCUCAGAGACUUUUUGAGAUACCACGGAUUUGAAAAAUGCAACUCAGCCGUAGAGCGGGAACAACAAAGAGAUUUUGUGCCGCUGUAUCAAGACUUUGAGAAUUUUUACAGUCGGAAUGUUUACCUGCGAAUCAGAGACAGCUGGAACCGGCCCAUCUGCAGUGCCCCAGAUGUUCGGUUUGACUUGAUGGAGAGGGUAUCAGAUGACUACAACUGGACAUUUAGAUAUACUGGAAGAAUUAUCAAAGAUGUCAUCAACUUGAGCUCCUAUAAUUACCUUGGCCUCGCACUCAAGUACGAUGACUCUAUGAGGACAGUAAAGGACGUCUUAGAGACAUAUGGCGUGGGGAUUGGCAGCACCAGAUGUGAAAUGGGUACCUUGGAUAAGCAUAAAGAGUUAGAGGACCUUGUGGCUAAGUUCCUGAAUGUAGAAGCGGCUAUGGUCUUUGGGAUGGGCUUCGCAACUAACGCAAUGAAUAUUCCUGCGCUAGUUGGAAAGGGAUGCCUCAUUUUAAGUGAUGAGUUGAACCAUGCAUCUCUUAUCCUUGGGGCCCGACUCUCAGGUGCAACCAUAAGGACCUUCAAACACAACGACAUGCAAAACCUAGAGGAGCUCCUGAGAGAUGCUAUAAUCUAUGGCCAACCUCGAAUCCACAGAGCUUGGAAAAAGAUUCUCAUCCUGGUGGAAGGCAUCUACAGCAUGGAAGGUACCAUCGUGAAUUUGCCCCAGAUUGUGGCUCUGAAGAAGAAAUACAAGGCUUACCUCUACAUUGACGAGGCUCACAGCAUUGGAGCCAUUGGCCCCACUGGCCGAGGUGUCUUGGAUUACUUUGGAGUGGACCCCGGUGAUGUUGAUGUGUUGAUGGGCACAUUCAGCAAAAGCUUCGCAGCCUUUGGAGGUUACCUAGCUGGAAAGAAGGAACUUGUGGAUCAUUUACGGGCUCAUUCACAUAGUGCCGUUUACGCCACAUCCAUGAGUCCCCCAGUGGCAGAGCAGAUCAUCAGAUUGUUGAAGUUCGUCAUGGGGCUAGACGGAACCAGGCAAGGGUUGCAGAAAAUACAGCAACUUGCAAAAAACACAAGAUACUUCAGGCAGAGAUUGAAGGAAAUGGGAUUCAUUAUUUAUGGCAAUGAUGACUCUCCGAUUAUCCCCCUGCUCCUGUACAUGCCUAGCAAAAUUUCGGCUUUUGCUAGGCAUCUGCUAAAGAAAAAAAUUGGAGUAGUGGUCGUUGGAUUUCCAGCCACUCCCCUCGCAGGAGCUCGGGCUCGCUUUUCUAUAUCUGCAUCACAUACCAAGGAGAUAUUAGACACGGUCUUAGAAGCCACUAAUGAGAUGGGUGAUCUCCUGAAUGUGAAGUAUUCCCAUCAGGGGAAGUCGGCGCGUCCUGAACUCCACGGCGAGACAAGGUUUGAACUCAAUGAUUAAGUUUCCCCGUCCUGAAUGGAUGAUGAAGACUGUGCCAGAAAGACCUCCCUCCCUGCCUGAAAAGGAAUAUAAAUGGAUUUCUCCCCCUUUCUAAGGACAAUUUUGGUUUUCAGAUCUUAAUUGAACUAAAAGAGUCAUUGUUGUGUUUCGAAUGUCUACAACUUGAGGCUGCAGAGAUGAAAAUAUGGUUCCAGAUUUCAGUUUCUCCUCUCUCAACUAUUCUGUUAGAAAUACACACACACUACUUAGAAUAUUUUUAAUGGCAAUGAGCCUGUGUUUUAGCUGCCACUGUGCCUCAGGGGUUGUAACCAGAAGAGAGGAUUUUGAUUUUUAAUUCAGAAAACCUCACUAUGUGUUUACUUAUUUCAUGUCAGACAUGGCUGAGAGUGGUGGGCAGAUACUGACUUCCUUGUUUCACCCAUAAAAGGACCAGCUAGAACUUGUCCAUAUCAUCAGAGGUUCCAGGCAGGAGGGUAAAGAAAGUUUGCUUCUACCAUUUUCCACAUUUGGACUUUUUCCAAGGACAAGUGUCAAAAGAUAUAGUUAAUGCUUUGAGAGAGAGAGAGCAAAACUGGCCAGCAACAGCUUAGAGACAUCUUUGAAGGAAACUUUCCUUUUCCUCUUGUUGGUCUCCUGGAGUUUUACAGCUGAGCUUUUGAGGUUCGGAAAAUUAGAGAUUUUUAUUUCAUAAAGAAGGAGUCAGAAAGCAAGCAUAAGCCAAUUUUAGGCCUCAACGAAAACUCUAAAGUUAUAACCACUUGAACUCUGUUGGUUCCAUGUGGAGUGAAUGUUUAGCAUGCAGAGUAUUUAUUACUUUAAGGAAUGAAUUGUCAUUUUCCUACUGAAUUUUAACUAAAUGGUGAGAUGCAAUUUCCUUCAGAGCCAAUGCCAAGGCCACACUUGAAGAAUGUAAUGAUUCAAGAAGGAUAGAUAAAAGCAAAUUCUAUUCAACUAUCCAUUAAAUAGUACUGCCUCCUCGCACGUGCACUCUGAUUUGGCACAAAGUGGGAUUGUCUACUCUUGGGCAACUCUCUCUAAUUUUCUUCCUCUCUCUCUAAAUAUGAACACAAACUUCUCUGGAAAAGUAGCCCUUUGCUAAUUGGAUCAAGUUCGUGUGCAAAAAGCUAGUGGAAAACCUUAUCUUUAACAAGCUCCCAGAUGGUGCCCAGAUUUGGAAACUCUAAAGAGCAGCAGUGACCUUUUAGCAAGGCUUCUGUAACAGUUCGAAGGAGUUACAGAACAUUCCACUCCAUCAAAUGACACUGUAAACAACUCACUUGAAGAAAGGCUUGGCUUUGCAUGACACAGAUGGACACAAGCUUUCAUGUUGUGCGCUGACAUGGAAACUCAACCUGCAGUGCCUGUGUUGGAUGGAGCAAUAUGCCACAAUGCUCAGGGCUUAUUAAAAGAUAGGAGGAGGGGCAAGACGGUGGCAUAGAGAGGAGUGGAAGCUAAGUAGUCCCCCAGGAACAACUACAAA